UAAUUUUUCGUGUGUAUCUAUUUAUACAGAAAGAGAAAGCCACGACCGACUGAGUGAACAGGAGAGUGCAGAGAGAUAUUUAUAGUAGUUGGCUGCCAUUAAAAUUCGAAAGAAACUCAACACAAGCACUGAACCAAGUAGACAGCUACUCCAUAAAUACUGCUCAGUUUCCGUUGAAUUAAAGUGGGAGUCUUUCUUGUCUCUCUUCAACCCCAGCUGAGUUUAAUUAGUUGCUGAAAUUUUGUUGUAAUUGGAGAGGAAUUUUGUGAGUUAAGAUGAUGGGGAUUUUCAACCUGGCUGUUUUAUCGACAACAGUAGAUAGGUUAGGCACCUCCGACUCCAAGUCAGUGGUAUCGGUUAACUUGUUUGUUGCGCUUCUAUGUGCUUGUAUUAUUGUUGGCCAUCUUUUGGAGGAGAAUCGGUGGAUUAAUGAGUCUAUUACCGCGCUUGCUAUUGGGAUAUGCACUGGAGUUGUAAUCCUGUUAUUAAGUAAAGGAAAGAGCUCACAUCUUUUAGUUUUCAGUGAAGACCUUUUUUUUAUUUAUCUCCUUCCGCCUAUCAUUUUUAAUGCCGGGUUCCAGGUGAAAAAGAAACAAUUUUUUCGUAAUUUUAUGACCAUCACUCUUUUUGGGACUGUUGGUACUCUGAUAUCCUUCAGCAUCAUAUCAUUAGGUGCUAUCUACAUUUUUAAUAAAUUGGAUGUUGGUACUCUUAAGAUGGGAGAUUUUCUAGCUAUUGGUGCAAUCUUUUCGGCAACAGAUUCUGUUUGCACACUGCAGGUGCUCAAUCAGGAUCAGACACCUUUGCUAUACAGUCUGGUGUUUGGGGAAGGUGUCGUAAAUGAUGCUACAUCAGUUGUGCUUUUCAAUGCAGUCCAGAACGUGGACCUUUCUAAUAUCGACGCUGCCAUAAUAUUUCAGUUAAUUGGCAAUUUUAUAUAUCUAUUCUUAAUGAGCACUCUGCUGGGAGUUGUAGCUGGACUUCUUAGUGCAUUUAUUAUAAAAAAGCUCUAUUUCGGACGGCACUCUACUGACAGAGAGAUUGCUAUUAUGAUACUCAUGGCCUACCUUUCGUACAUGCUUGCCGAGUUGUCCGAUUUAAGUGCCAUCCUCACUGUGUUCUUUUGUGGAAUUGUGAUGUCUCACUAUACGUGGCAUAAUGUCACUGAAAGUUCAAGAGUCACUACCAAGCAUGCGUUCGCGACAUUGUCAUUCAUUGCUGAGAUAUUCAUCUUCCUUUAUGUUGGUAUGGAUGCCUUGGACAUAGAGAAGUGGAGAUAUAUAAGUGACAGCCCUGGAACCUCAGUUGCUGUAAGCUCAAUUUUGCUUGGACUGAUAUUGGUUGGCAGAGCAGCCUUUGUUUUCCCCUUAUCAUUCAUUUCCAACUUGGCCAAGAAAUCUUCCAGUGACAAAAUUGAGCUAAAACAGCAGGUUACUAUAUGGUGGGCUGGCCUUAUGCGAGGUGCCGUUUCUAUGGCCCUUGCUUACAAUCAGUUUAGUUCAGUAGGCAUCACUCAGCUACGUGGAGAUGCAUUCAUGAUUACUAGUACCAUCACCGUUGUUCUCUUCAGCACAGUGGUCUUUGGGUUGCUCACAAAACCGCUGGUGUUACACUUGCUGCCUUCCCCAAAACACUUGAGCAGGAUGAUCUCAUCUGAUUUGAUGACUUCAAAAUCUUUCACUGUACCACUUUUAAAUGGACAAGAUUCAGAGGCUGACCUCGACCUAGUAGCACCCCUUCGGAAAUCUUUGAAUGUGCCACAUCUAAAUGGACAAGAUUCAGAAGCUGAUCUCGACCUCCCAUCACCAGGUAUACCCCGUCCAACAAGCCUAAGGAUGCUCCUGACAAAUUCCUCUCAUUCUGUCCACCAUUAUUGGAGAAAAUUCGAUAAUUCCUUCAUGCGUCCUGUAUUCGGCGGUCGAGGAUUCGUACCGUUUGUCCCUGGCUCCCCAAUCGAACAAAGUUUCCAUAAUGGCAGUGACAAUUAUCCGACAAGUGAGCAAACUCUUCCUUGAUGGGUGUGAGAAGUAACUUACAGCUUCUAGUGUAUAUACACAUUGUGGUUGGUUUAUGCUUCAUAUUUCUGUCACAAACUUGUACAUUUUGUUGUACGGAGGUCCAAAUCAAUUUUGCAUUGAAAUCGGUCAUCGUUUUGAGAGUUUGUACAUUAAAGUUGGUCAUCGAACUAAGGCUAGAUUAUAAUCCCCAGAAUCAUUAUUUUAUUGUUUUAACUUUAAAGGAUUAUGAUACCAUGGAAUUAGAUUUUUGAUCAAACUUUUUUAUUCA